UUAAAAACUUAUUAUUUAUAAGCAAGCUCUUUAGGCUUGGUCUAGCAUAUAGUUUUUCUACCAGUUUUACUUGUGAAGAAAUUGCAAAUUUCAAAGUCAAUAAAAAACCCCAGUAGCUCCGCAGCCCCAAAGGAAGCCUUCGGACUGUUAUUUUGUUACAGAAUAUUUUGGCAAGGAUAAUCUCACUUUUACAACAAGGUGCAAGGGCUAUAUCUAUCUUGGCAGCAGUUGGUUCAGUCUCCAUUGUGACUUUUAAAAGAGAGACCCCUGGUGGGUCCCCUGUGACUCACACAUUUCAGGUAUGAAGAAGGCUAAUCAGAAAAAUAUCAUAAAUGAAGAAGACUAACCAGAAAAAUAUCAUAAAACUACGGGAACUUUAAGGUAAAUCAUACGAGUAGAAGAUUGUUCAACCAACACAAAAGAGAGCCAGCUGGGCUGACCGACUACAGGUUAAGUUGGUCAGCUAGGGCAGCCCAAAAAGGAAGGCUGAUCAAGGUUGACAAAUCCUAGAGGGGGGCUUCCAAAUUUUCCAGCCCAUCAAGCCUGAACCAGCCCUGUAGAACUUUGGUUGCACAUCAAAAGACCCUCCACAUGUCCAAGCCACUAUCCAUGUAGCCUAACAACUUUUAACUACCUCCUAAAUUGACUCCAUAUUUUUUGGAAUGGAUAAGUUCAUGUGUUCCUCCACAUCCAUUGGUCAAAAAUAAGACACGAGUCGAAUGAUCCUUGUGCCACAUCAUCAAGGUAAACUUCUAUAUAUAGGCUUGAAAGAUGAAGGUAUCCUCUCUCAGAUACAUUCUCUACAUUCUUAAGCUUUCUUGUUUUUACUUUCUUUAAUAAAAUAUAUUGAUUCUCGCACAACGAAAGAAGAACCAAGGAGAGUUCUCCAUCCCUUUUUGAGGUCACUGGAGCUUCAGGGAAACACAUCCGGUGACCUAUUUUCAUAGGUUACGUCGAUGCACAUGCACAUGCUAAUAUGCUCUGAGGAUAUGUAUGGUAUAUAGUAUUGAACAUGAAUACACAACUUCUUUUCUUCUUAAUGUCAUCCAGUGUUUUAUAAUCCAUCAUACCAAACAUGUUGUAUAUGCAUUGUUGUGUACAUGUGUGACGCUACAAGAGGGUGACCUUAGACAUGGUCUCCUGCAAUAUAUAAAAGAUUGUUGAGAAUAAGAUUUAAAUGAUAUAGGCACUCUCUAACAAGUUAAGUUUUUAGAUCAAGUGAUUUAACAUGAUGUCCAAGUAGACGAAGGAUGAGUCUUGCCAUCAUCUAUCUAAUGAAAUUGUGCACGUGGAAUGAACACCGUCUCUUUUUGUGGGGAUGUGUUGAAGACAAUUUAAAUGACAUAUGCGUGGCCCUCUCUAACAGCUUAACCUUUUAAGAUCAAGUGGUUCUCGAAGGAUCCUUUAGUGCCUUUGCAGAUAUUCUCCUUGGGACACCAGCACGCCUGGUUUCGUAUAACAAACUACUUGUAUUUGUUUUUAUCCAGUGUAUUCUUAAGUCUGUUAAUCUCAAUAUGUACGGGUGUGCAAAUUCUAAAUUCUGCAUGCACUCUGUAACAAACUAUUUGACUGGAUUAUUCAAAUUUUCAUUAUAUGAACUUCUCAUCUUUUUACAGGGAAUCUCUCCUAUUUUGGCUCUAUAUGGAUUUUAUACUCUCAACGUUGCUUCCGAUGUCCCAAUUGGUUGCUUACAUUUCUCCAUUUCUGAUCCCGAUGGUUAUACCCUGGCUGGUGCAGUUUCAGGAGUUCUUAUUGCUGCCACCCAUGUUCGGGUAAUUGUCAGAAUCUUAGUUGGUGGCCCAGCAAAUCUGUGUCUUGAUGGUGCAGGAAAUCUGGCCAAUAAGAUGGGACACAAUUCAGGAGCUCCGGCAGCCUGAUUUGAUCUAAACUCUUAGUAAAUAGAUGAUUAAAAUUCUCGGUCCUGUUCCUAUUUCUAUCGGUUGAUGUAUUUAUGUAUCUCAGUAAGAUGGGGAGAUGCAUUGUAAAGAUUUGGAAAGACUGCUUGUCUUGUAUGGGGUCAAAACUUUGUAUGAAUUUUCUUAUCAGAAACUCUCUGUCUGAGCACUUGGAUUUUCAAGUCUUUCUUAUUGGUGUAAACCAUGUUUGAAUCUUGAAGCUGGUUAACUUGUGUUUCCUUGUUCAUUU